AUGUGCUGGUCAUUAUCAAACCGUCCCCGCACUGGGGCAGCAAUUCAGCUGGAAUCGGAGACAGCCGCCAUCAUUGCAGUCACGCAAAGUUUCCUCGCAGCACUGAGCACCAAGUCGCGCGCCGAUUUCGAGAAACACUGUAUCCGAGCAGGAGGGAUGACACUCUCACCUCCAUCCCCGACUUCCCUGCGCUUCUGCACGAUUGGUUCGUUCGUUGAACAUGUCGCUAGCCUCAAAGAUGACAUCGAUGAGCGUAUCUGGGAUCCCGAGGUAAAGGUGCACGACACGGGAAGCCUGAACUUAGCCGCUGUGUGGGCGCCAUUCCGGUCGAAGAUCAAUGGCGUUGUGGAUCAUGUUGGUGUGGAACUUUUUGUUUUGCAUAAACUCAACGGCGAAUGGAAGGUGACUGGGCUAGCGGACUCUUGCCGGUUGCCAACUCAGGAGGAAAUGCUGCUGGAAUGA